UCGACCGCAUACCUCAAUCUGAUCGCGUCCGAAAGGCAUCCAGUGCUCCGUUUUGCCUUUCGGAAACACAACAUUUUUUUGCAUUUUCAAAAAAUACGGUUCAAUAGAAAAAGUUUUCAAAAACAGUGCUUCCAAUUAUUCCUCACUGACAAAAUUUAUCUUAUUCAUCAAAACUCGAGAAGAAAUCUGGAUGAUACCAGAAAUUUUUAUUCUCCCUGGUGACAUCGAUUAAAGAUCCUUCUUAAUGUGAUUCAAUGAUAAAACAAAUCAUCAAAUACUCUGGAUAUCAAAAAUUAUCUACAGGAAGUUUCAUAACUUUACAAGUUUCAUAAGAUUCCAUAUAGGAAGUGCAAUUUGCGAAACGUUUUCACUUUUCUUCGUUUUUAUUUGUUUGUUACUACAUAGUUUGUUGGGUGUUCAUUUAGUGGAUUCUGGUUUCUGUGAAAUCUGUGCAAGGAUUGAAUUUCACUGGUGGUUCAUAACGCUGGAAAUCAUUUCUAAAUUGCAAGGGAAACGAAGAGCAGAGUAAAAAUGAAGUGUUGUUCUUUUCAAGGAUUCUAAGGACUAUUCAGAAUGCAUUCCGAGUGGCUGAAGGGUGAUUUGGUGUGGUUUGAUCCGGGAGUCGGUCAUGUUCUACCAGGCGAGGUUCUGGAGCAUCACAAAGCGGCGAACGUUUUGUCAGUUCAGGCAGUCAUCGCUGGAAAGCCUCAAAUCUUCACACUGACGAAUCUUAGUGGAGUGAAACCAAGACAGGACUUGGGUCAAAAUGGUGUUGAGGACAUGAUUCAACUCUCCGACUUGAACGAGGCAUCUUUAUUAUGGAAUCUGAAAAUUCGUUACGACAAAGAAUUAAUUUACACCUAUACUGGAAGUAUCCUAGUCGCCGUCAAUCCAUACAAGAUGUUCGAUAUUUACGGUCUGGACCAAGUGAAAUUAUAUGAGGGUAGAAUCCUGGGAACAUUACCACCGCAUCUUUUCGCCGUUGGAUCAUCGGCCUACAGUCAAGUAAGUGCUGCCAACAAUGCAAGUGCCAAUCAAGUUGUAGUGAUCUCCGGUGAAUCUGGUUCAGGGAAAACCGAGUCGACGAAAUUGGUAAUGCAAUAUCUCGCGGCCGUAAAUCGAGCGCCUAGUAAUUUAGUUACAGAACAAAUUUUGGAGGCUGCACCGCUUCUCGAGAGUUUCGGAAAUGCCAAGACCCCGAGGAACAAUAAUAGCAGUCGUUUUGGAAAAUACUUAGAAGUCCAUUUUCGAGAUGGAGUUAUUGUCGGAGGAAGAGUCACGCAGUAUCUUCUGGAAAAAAGUAGAAUCGUGACUCAAGCCACGGACGAAAGAAACUACCAUGUUUUCUAUGAACUUUUAGCCGGUCUUGAUCAACAAUUGAGGGAUAAAUACGGACUUUUGAAACCCGAUAAAUACUUCUAUCUAAAUCAGGGAGGUAAUUGCGAAAUCGAUGGUAAAAAUGAUACACAAGACUUCAAAGCUCUUUUAUCGGCCAUGCAAGUCUUGGGGUUCACGUCCGAAGAGCAGGAUACGAUAUUUAAAAUUCUAAGCAGUGUUCUUCACUUGGGAAAUGUUUAUUUCCAUCGGAAGCAAAUGAGACACGGCCAGGAAGGUGUUGAGGUAGGAUCGGACGCUGAAAUUCGCUGGGCUGCUCAUCUUCUUCAAAUUAACGCCGACGGUAUCAUCAGGGCCCUGACGACAAAAACCACUGAAGCGAGAAACGAAAGAGUAUUGACUGCAUUGAAUAUUGAUCAAGCUCUUGAUGCAAGAGAUGCAUUUGCAAAGGCGCUGUACAGUUCUCUAUUCUCUUGGUUAGUUGCUCGAGUUAAUCACAUUGUUUACAAAGGCACGAAACAAACAUCGGCCAUUUCAAUUCUUGACAUUUUUGGUUUCGAGAAUUUCACCGAAAAUAGCUUUGAACAACUUUGCAUUAAUUACGCUAAUGAAAAUCUGCAUUUUUACUUCAACAAACACAUUUUUAAACUCGAACAACAGGAAUAUGCGAAAGAGAAAAUCGACUGGACUACAAUUAACUAUACCGACAAUUUUCCGGUCAUUCACUUGAUAGCGAAGAAACCAGUGGGAAUUUUGCAUCUUCUCGACGAUGAGAGCAACUUUCCAAAAGCCACGGAUUUGUCUUUCCUGGAAAAGUGCCAUUACAAUCACGCUUUAAGUGAAUUGUAUUCAAGGCCAAGGAUGAACUCGGCUGAAUUUGCAAUCAAGCAUUACGCCGGACAGGUUUGGUACAACGUUGACGGAUUUUUGGAUAAGAAUCGAGACACAUUGAGGUCCGAUGUUGUCGAAUUGCUCAUUAGUAGCAAAAUUCAGAUGGUGAGCAAAAUGUUUCAGCACGUGAGAAAUACUCAUGAAGCGAACAAAACCGUGAACAAACCAAAUGGUAGAUUCGUCACGAUGAAACCAAGAACACCAACCGUAUCUGCUCGAUUUCACGAUAGUUUGCAGCAACUCCUCGAAUCCAUGUCCCAAUGCAAUCCGUGGUUCGUUCGUUGCAUAAAGCCAAACACUGAGAAAGCUCCAAUGAAAUUCGACAUGCCUUGCGUUCUUGAACAGCUUCGUUACACGGGAAUGUUGGAGACAAUUCGCAUUCGUAAAACCGGAUACCCAGUUCGUCUUCUCUUUGCUCAUUUUGUUGAUCGAUAUCGGUAUUUGGUUCCGAAUCGGCUACCAAGAGGUGCACCAAAUAAGGAACUUUGUCGUCUUAUUCUCGAAAAAGCUGCCCCAAAGGAGGCUCAAAAUCAAUAUCAACUCGGACUAACGAGGGUCUUUUUACGGGAAUCACUCGAGAGAACUCUCGAAUACAAUAGAGCUUUGAUUUUGGAAAAAGCCGCUAUCACCGUUCAAAGAUACACUCGGGGCUUUUUGGCUCGAAGGCGAUUUCUCAAUAUUUCCCGAAGUACGGUGCUAUUGCAAGCAGUGUAUCGUGGCUACAGAGAGAAAAAGAAGUACAGGGCACUGAAGAAAGGUGUACUCAUGGCGCAAAAACUCUACCGUGGCAAAGUUGAACGAGAAAAAUUCAAUAUUUUGAAAGAAGAAAUGGCAAAACGAGCCGAAAUUGAAAGAGCCAGUCGAGAAAGGGCCAAAGCAAAACAACAACGAGAGGAACAGGAAAGAGCCUCGAGAGCUGUCGCCGGUGUCAAUCAUCUCGAAAUUCCCGCUGAACUUGCUUUUAUUUACAGCAAACUUGACGACUGGCAGCCAACUCACACGGAGAGGAACUUGAUUAAAGUUGUUGGUACAGUUGUUCCAUUUCCAUACAAUUACAGUUUGCCCACUGACAUUGAUCAGCAUCAAUUCUCCAAGUUUACGAAUAUUUAUUUCAAGAGUCAUAUUUUUGGAAUGAAAAGGGAGCCAAUUAAAACGCCAUUUUUGGCGAAGGCACGCGAUCAAGACUACACCGAUUCUCUAAUGAUAUUCAAAAUGAUUCUUCGCUUUAUGAACGAGAAUAAUCUCAGUGGCAAGAGAGAGCAAGCCCUUGGAGAUUAUAUUAUUAAUAAAGGAAUUGUCAAUGAAAAAUUACGUGACGAAAUUCUCUGUCAAUUGUCAAAUCAAACGUGGAAAAAUGAGAAUGACGCCAAUAAGGAGAGAGGAUGGUUAUUGCUUUCAAAUUGUCUCUCCGCUUUUCAACCUAGUCCAACACUUUUUAAAUAUUUACUCAAAUACGUCUCAGAUCAUGCUUACGACGGGUACAAAGCUUUCUGUCAGCGAAAAUUGCUCCAAGGUGAGAGAGCUUUACUAAGAGCGACAAGCAAUGGUCAAACGACCAUUCAACACGUUCCAAGAAAUUAUCCACCUUCCGUUUUGGAAUGGCGAGCAAACAGAAAUCGCGUAAAUAUGGCUCUAACCGUUGGAUUCUACGAUGGUGAAACCACAACAUGCGCUGUCGAUUCAUGGACGACGUGUGAAGAAUUGGCGAAUCUAGCGAUACGCAAUCACGGCGUUGAAAAUAACGGUUGGACAAUAACAUUGUGGAAUCAAUUGGACGGACCAGAUGCAAUUGUCACUGAGACAAAUGGCUUUGAUUAUGUCCUUGAUCUUAUUUCCGAAAUGGAAUUAGCUCCCGCAUUCCCUGCCGCUAAGCACAUGUUUUUGGAGCAGAGAAAGAAUAGCUUCCCGCCAAUUAAGAAGAGAGAGCACACACAAGUCAUUCGUGAAUUGGAACAAAGCAAUGAGACACCUGUACUCAAGACAUUUCAGCCACUCGAGAGGAAACCAGUGCCAAAAGUUGUUGACAAACCGGUCGAGCCGGAAAUUCAAUCACCAAGACGUCCGGCGGUACCACCACCUCAACCUCCAAUUUCAAAAGCACCGAUGAGAAAACAGUCACACGAGGGCAUUCUAGAAACGACCGAAAUGGGAUUGUCGAGAAAGUCGGCAUUAAACGACAGAUACUUUGAAAAGGAAAAGCAACGAAGUAGAAGUUUGGAUAAUCUUCUACAACCAGAGAUUAUUGUACCUCCUAGUAAACUCGCUGGUUUAGGACUAUCAUCAUCGAAAUUAAAUGAACGCUAUCAUAGUUUGGAGAGAAUAGGCGAAGCGCCAGCUGUAAGUAACGUCGAGUACAUGACAAGAAAUGAAGUUGUGCAAGAGAGAAAGUACAGCAGAAUUACAAGAAGUUCCGAGCCAAAUAUUCUCGAGGAGGAAGAUCUCACCAUUGAUUUUGAAUAUCCCGACAUUCAAUCAUCAGUCAGUCAGACGGGAAGAUCCGAGGAUGAUAAAAAUAGUUACAUUCGAUCGCAGACUAGAUUCAUAAAGUCGCAAUAUCCAGGAAAACGAGCAUUGCCAGGAAGUCAAUCAAGUAGAGCAUACAUAGAAAAAAGUGAAUACGGACUAAAAUCGUCUGCAAUGUCAGACACGAGCGAAGCUCCAUCCCUCGCAUCACACGUUCGUCGUGUACGCGUUCCUAGUCAAGCAUCGGAUGUCGAUCAAUUUUUGGACGAUCUUUUUAUGCCAGUUCUCGAUGGUAAUUUAGAUGAACUUUCAGACGCGAGAAGUCUCGCUGCCAGUAUCAAAGGGACAUUCGAUAAUUGUGCAAUUGAAUCGAAGAAAACUUCAAGUGAGGUGAAUACAGUUGAUGAUUUUGUGAAAGUCAUGAUUAGUUCUUAUGAAAGAGAUGAAUCACAAUUGACAACGAGAUUACUUGUGGAGAAAAUAAAAGGCGAUGGCAAUAUGGAUAAUGCAAAUCAAAAUGCGGCGUUUAAUUUCAACGCACUUGCACAUGGAAUGAUGCCACCAGCAAUGAUGAUGCCAAUGUUCAGUCCACCUGCACCCGUUUCGCCAGGACAAAAUCAAAAUAUGAACAGUAUGAAUAUGUCGUCGGGUUUUAUGCCAAUUCCUAUCUAUAAUAUGCAAGGUCUCAAUUUACAGCAGUUCUCAAACUCACCACCAAAUCAGAACAGUGACAUGAUGGCGUAUCAACAAAAUCUUCAGAGAGCAUUUUUGCAGCGUGCAAUGGCGCAGAAUAUUCAAAUUCAACAGCAAAUCUUGGCGCAAAAUCAAGCUCUCCAUCAGCUUUUGGUUCAAAGUCCACAGAAUGCAUCGCAAACGGAGUCAAAUGAAGCUGAUCUCUGGUCACCGGAGAAACGUGCAAUGCCCUCGCAUUCAACGCCAAUAAAUCAGCGGCAAGAAACUGUAAUGGUAAAAGCACAAGUACAUCGAUCUCAAAGUCCACCGAAGAAAAAUUCUGAUUUGAGAAAAACUAGCGCUGAAUAUGGACCGAGGAAAAUUAGUAUUGAUAGAAAAGCCAUGAAUUCAACACCUGAUUUAAAGAGAAGUGGAUCACAUAAAGGAAACGUUCAAAAUAAUUUUACAAACGUUCUCAGUGAAUUGAAAAAUCGAAAAAGUAGUGUUGAUAAUGGUCUUGUUUUCAAUAAAGGCGUUCCUCCUCCACCACCAAUGCCACCACCUUUAGAAUCUCACGAUCCAUCCGAAUCAAGACCAUUUUUAGAUCCCUACGGACGAGCGAAAACAGUUCGCAUUGGAAAAUGGCGUUGGCCUCCAUUGAAUGACUCAAACGAUGGUCAGAAUCAAGACAGUUUUAUUGAAUUUAAAAUGCGACAACACCACCAACAAAGAAAAAUUACUCCUCACUAUCAAGAGUAUCAAGACGGCGAAUCAAUGACCGAAGGUGGUGUCGAAUGGGAGGAAUUUGAGAUUGAAAAUAUUUCCAGUAAUGAAGAGAGAACAAUAGUCGUUCACUCGUCAACUGCUGUUAUUAAAAGACACGAAAACGGCUAUAAAGAAGACUCAGACAAGAAAAAGAAGAAAUCAAAAUCUGGAUUUGAAGUAGGAGCGCAAAGACCUUCGCCUGGUAGCAUAGGGAAACUAAAAUUAAGUUCAGAAAUGAAACAGAGACUUGAGAUGGUAACUGCUAAUCACAGUGUGAGAUCAACAAAAACAACGGAAAAGCCAGCUCUUCCGAGAGAAGAUGGCAAGGUUAAGAGGCUAGAAGACAACAGGAAGAUUCUUCUUGAGCAACAACUUGGAGGCCGAUGGGACGAUUAUGCCUCGACUGUUGAUGACACGCAGAGUGUAACUUCGAAGGGAACAACGGACAUGAUGACACAGGCGCAAGUUGUAAAAACUCAAAUUGAAAGGAUGGAGAGACCGAUACCUCCACCUCCGCCAAUUACGCCUCCCGAACCUCCCAGUCCAAGGGGCGGAAGUGUCUACAGCAACAGUCAAUCGGGAGUACCUCAACCGAAAUCGCCGCCCGCACCAGUUGAGCCAAAGAAUAGGGACAUGUUCCGAAGUUCGCCCGAUUCCGAUACAUUCGAUCAUUUUGCAAAGAAUCAACGCGACAUGUUCAGUCAAAGUCGUGACAUUUUCGCCUCUCAACAGCAUUUACGUGAUAAUCAUGAAUACCGUAACGAAUCAAGAAUUCAGGAAUCAAAAUCAAAGGACUACUUUGGCAAGGACAGCACUGAUUUGGCAAGUUCAACUCGCGAUAGAAAUUCUGAUUUCGAUUCACGUAGAGAUAUGAAUUCAGACAUAUUCUCCGAAGCGAAAUAUGCGAGAGAAAUUUUUGAGAAUAACAACGCUAAACGCGAUCCAUUUGGAAUGACAAGGGAUGUAUCACCAAAAUCGAGAGAUAGUUUUGGAAUGCCAUCGCCACGUGAUUUUGGUGUUGUUCCAAAUACACGUGAAUCAUUCACUGUCACUAGGCAGAGUUUCAAAAAAAUGGAUAACGAUAUUGAUAGACGAUCGAGCAUUGCCUCGACACAUCGAACCGAUAAAAUGGAACGAAUUGAAAUUGAAGAAUGGCCCGAAUUUUUGAAACCCGUUUUGCCACCUGCCGAUAAACCCGAAAUUGAAAAGGUUCAAGAGAUUUUGGACACGAAAUUAUAUCCACAGGCGUCACAGGCGCAUUUUACUUAUAAUAGAGUCACGUGGACUUUGCGAGUGAAGAAGGAAGUUUUUGCGCCCAAUGAGAGUUUAACUACACCGCUCGCUUUGCAUUUGGUAUUUUGUCAAGUUGCCUACGAUGUCUUGGCGACUUCGAAUAUUCGAAUUUCGAAGGAGGACAGGCAAAAUAUGCUCAAACUCUUGGACAAUUACGGAGUCACUCUCGAUAAUCUUCAAAGCACUCAACACAAGAUUACGAUUAAGAAGAAUAUUGUCGAUCUGGCCAAGCAGUGGCCUCUUUACUUCGCUCGAAUUUUCCCCGUUUCGAUUGGACCCCAGCAUCCGGAAGUUCAGCACGUGGCGGUUUCGCAUCAUGGUCUGCGAUUAAUAAAAAGAAACUCGAAUGGCAAUUUAACGAUCCUGGAAACAUUGCCAUUGGAGGACAUCGUCUCCGUCGGCACAUCAAGGGCUGGAGUUUGUAUGUUGCAAGUUUCUUCUGGAGUGCGACUACCACUUCACACUAAUCGUGCACCACAACUCGCCGAUAUGAUUGGCAGAUACAUCCGGCUGGUCGAGCAUAAACCAUUACACAAGGCAAUUCAUCACGAGAAUCAUGUCUCGCAGAUCACCAAAUCGAUUCAAUCGCAAGCGAAUCACGUAUCAUCUCACAUGGUACACAACCAGUCGCACAACCAAUCCAAUUUCAAUCACGUAAAUGAUCAUGAAGGACAUACGUCUGCGUCGAGGAUUUCGAAUCAUGUGUCAACUGGAAAUCAGAUCAACAACGUUCAUCAUCAGAAGAAUCAGAUGAACAAAAACGCUGAGAAUCAGGAGUGGCGGCAUCAGGAAGAGACUGGCCGAUCUCAGGAAGAAAGUAUUUACGAGAGUGGACCAGUUGUCAAUGAUGGAAAGCAUUCGCUUCUACAAUACGCAAUGCUCAAUUUCCGACAAAGUACCGAAAAGUUCGAAAUGAUGAAAACGGCAGAUGGUUCAAUUAGUGGUUCUUUAAAAGUAAUAGAAUCAUUGAAAAGUAAAAAGAAGAAUAAAAAGAACAAAGGUCAACAGGAUAGUGCAGAAUGGACAUGGAAGGAACAGGUAGACCUAGUUAAGUACUCGGCAGUUCCUAUUGAAAAGAGUCUUCUACGUUUGGACAACGAGUUGAGUGCCCUUGCUGUAGAAUGCUUCCUGUGUCUGAUGAUGUACAUGGGCGAUCAGUCACUUCCGCCAAGCAUGAACGAAGUAAAGUGUGUCUACACAAUACUAAAGCACUGUCAUGAUUUUGAACAGUUGUGCGAUGAAAUUUAUUGUCAACUAAUGAAGCAAACGACAAAUAAUAAAAGUCCAAAUCCAGAAAGUUGUCAACGUGGAUGGAGAAUUUUUAGUAUUAUCGCUGCAUAUUUUAAUUGUAGCGAUGGACUUAAGCCGUAUCUCACGAAAUAUUUGGAAACUGCCGCCUAUGAUAAGAGACGAGCGUAUCAUGGUACGGCAACCGUUUGCCUGCAGAAUUUACGAAAAACGGUUAAAUACGGAGGCAGAAAGAUUAUUCCCAGCGUUGAAGAAAUAAUGGCAAUUAGUGCUGGAAGAAAUGCCAAGAGACAAAUCUAUAGAUUACCAGGUGGAACUGAGAGAGUAAUCAAUACCAAGUGCACCACUGUUGUACAAGAUGUUAUUGAAGAAAUGUGUAACGUGAUAUCCGUAAGAAGUCCAAAUGAAAUGGAUGAGUUUCUGCUUUAUUGCAUCAUUGAUGGAGAUGCCUUUACGAUGCCUUUAGCUCGAGAUGAAUACGUUUUGGAUGUUACUACCGCGCUUUAUAUGAAUCAACAGGUGUUCUACCUAAUAUUCUGCAGAUCCGUCUGGUAUUAUCCGCUUCGUCUUGAUGCGCCUUUGUACAUAGAAGUCAUUUUCAAUCAAAUUGUACCAGAUUAUGUGGAAGGCCUGCUAUUAGUUUUACCUGGUGAUCAUUUACCACAGGAAGUAAUAUACGACAUGGCGCAGAUCGCAGCACUUUUACACAGGGCAGCGGAUUACACACAUGAACCAACCACGAAGGAAGUUAAGUACCUUCUUCCUAAACCAGCUCUCAGUUUAAGGGAACCACGACCACAGCAAUGGAGCAGUAUGGUUCAACAAGCGUGGAACAACGUUAUGCAUAAUCAAUCCGCUAGUUGUAAAGCUCAAGUUCUAGAAAUACUGUCUAAGUGGCCACUAUUUGGAUCCAGUUUCUUUGCAGUGAAGAGAGCGCCAGAGGGAAAAGAAGAAGGCGGAGACCACAUCCUUGCUCUAAACAGACACGGCGUUCUUUUUAUCGACCACAUUACGCAUGAGACACUCUAUCAUUAUCCAUAUUCCGAGGUGAUUUCAACUCGCAAAGUGAAAUCCGAGGAAGGAACUUUAUAUUUGGACAUGAAAUGCGGCAAUCUGAUGCAGCAGCGAAUAACGAGACUUCAAACUGAGCAAGCUCAUGAGAUUUCGCGUUUAAUAAGACAGUACAUCACAAUGGAACAGAGAUCGACAAAUAAUCCGGGUCCUCCUAUGGGAUUCGAUCGAUUCAGAUAAAUCAUCGACAAAUCUUCUAAUACAAAUUUUUUGUAUAUCAGGGGAAAAGUUCAUCUAAAGGGAUCAGCCAUUAUUCUUACUUUAUAUAUACGAGAACGAUGUUCAUUUAUAGGAUAGCGGUUCCAGAAGAAAAAAGAGAUAGAGAGAAAAAAAACAAAUGCUCAAAUAAUUAAUCGAAUUAUCGAUUUUGUAAAUACGCGUAGGCACGGUUAGAAUAAAAAAAAAGAUUGACGACGACGACGACCACCUCUAGAGAACUUUGAUUCAUCGAGGUAAAAUUAUUGUAUACAACCUCGAGAAUUUCUAGAUCAGAACAAGUGAGUUCUCUACAAUCAAAUAUUUGUCCGACUGUUUUUAAAUCUUUCGGUUGUUAUUUGAAUGUGCAGGAAAUUAAGAUGUCACGAUUGUAACGUGAAUCAGUCGUAGUUAUUUAAAAAGAGAAGAAAUACAUUUAUUAAUUAAUAAUAAAAGAAGAGAGAUCUGUUGUAAGUCUUUAGUAGCGAAUGUUUUUAUUUAUAAAGAGUAAGAAAAAGGAUAAAAAAAAUGAAACUGCAAGUUACAGCAAAUUAUUUGUUUGUUAAGAAAAUAAACAUGUAUAAUUAGAAACUAAUCUUAACGAUUACGUUGUUAAGACAAAGACUAACAGCUUGCGAAUAUUAAAAUUUUACAUUAUUGAUAAUGUAUAUGAUGUAUUGUCGGAGAGAAGAUAUCAAUUUUUAUUAAAAAUUUUUAUGCCAA